UUCGUUGUGAGACCUCUUAAAUUUAUUAAAAAAAAAGUUAUUUAAAACCAAGAAGCUCUCCUAAUUCCACAAAUCUAGAAUACAGUAAUGAAACGGUGGUAAUCUAGAAGUAUAAAGGUAACAAGAUUUCCAGUUUAUAAAAGCAAUUUCACGUCGCAUAUGACAAGAAGAGUGUAUGAAUGAUUUGGAAAAAAUUAAAGAACUUCAAUUGGAAAAUUAAAAUAUGUUUAUACACAAAUAAACUGCGGACACCAUGAAUAUUAGACCAAGGUGUCGGGAAUGGCUGCCACUGAGCACACAACAAUUGCGUUUGAGAAAUUUAUCAGCCAUACAAGGGAUUAACAUUGAAUGCAAUCAGACAGAUUGUUGUAGCUGCAGUCCCUCCUCCUCGUCGUCGUCGACGUCCGUGUCCCCAGAAGCAGCGCAAGCAGAUACGUAUUGUGCCUGCCCAGCAACCUUAGUAUAUUUUACCCUACAUGAUCAUCCGGAAAACGAGCCAUUUUAUGAAAGUGAAAAACUCCCAUUACGUUUAUAUUUGCCCGUAAAAUGGGCGGAGAUUCAUUGUCUGUCGAUGAUCAAAUCCAAUGCUAAUUGUGUUUGCAUUAAAGUCUGGGCAAAGGUGAAGAAGUCGUCGACAGCAACAGCAGAAGGCCAAAACAAUAAUAAUGGGGCGGGUUUGGAGGAUAAUACAAAGCAACGAAAUAAGGAGCCCAUUAGUGCCUUAUCGCUGGAAUUUGCAAAAUCCAGAAGACAGAAUAUACCUCCCGACAAACUGCUCUUUACUUGGGGCGUUUUCUUUUCCGGACUCAUUCCUUUGUCACAAAACAGUGAAGCAAAAUUAAAUAAGAACACCUUGAUUUUCCAAAUGAACGACGAGCUGUUUGCUUCACCUGAUAACUUCACCACGGAAAACUUAAGGGAACAACUGGCCUUAAACUAUGAACGUUACUCGGCUAGUGUGCCAAAGUGUAGCAUACCCACACCCGACGAAUUUACCAUAAAUUCUCCACAUGUUAGUCGUAGCUCCAGCCCCACGUCCGUGGAUUGGCAAAGGGACUUACUGCGUAUGUCUCGCACCCGUUAUGCCCAGUUGAACUGUGUGCGUACCGAGGUUAGAACCAGCUAUGAUUUAGUCAAACUUUUGAGAUUACAACAGCUGCAACGGCAAAGGCUACAAACACAGCGAGAAUGUGUUGAGUUGACAGCCGAAAUAAAACGUCUGAGUUUAAGAUGCAUAACCAAAGAACAGUUAUUACGUAAGCCAAGGACAACAUCGUUAAGUUCAUCGUCCGCAUCAUUGUCGGGAACUGCCUCUCAAUACCAUUCCAUGGGACGUACCUUGAGUCUCUUGUUGGCCGAACAGCAGCGCAUUGAUCCGCAUCAAUUGUUACAUGCCCAGCAGUUGCAGCAACAAUUGGAAUCUUUAAAGUCCAGACAAAGACUCUUACACAGUGUUUGUGAUACUUUUUCUAAACGCAUUGCCUACUUAAGCGAAAAACUGACGGCGACCAUUGCGACGAGACAACAACUGGAAGCAUGGCUAGAGAAAAGCCGACAGAAUCUUAAUAAAGAGAAGGCCGAACUGGAAGACCUCAGCGUUCAGCAGUUGGAACGACGACAACGUAAGCGCUCGGUAACGCAACAUGUUGAGAGACGUAUGUCCUCGCUGUGCAUAGAAUUAAGAGAAAUUUAUCCGAUAUGUGAAAGUGGUCGUGGCGUCUACACGAUUUGUGGUGUUCCUUUUCCUUCGGUCGAAGGAUAUGUAUACGAUUCCAAUAAUCCCAAUAGCGUGUAUAUAUCAGAGAAUAUAACACCAAUGGCCAUAAGUGCCUCGUUGGGUUAUGUAGCACAUUUGGUAGAAAUGAUAUCGGUGAUAAUAAAUCGUCCUUUAAGAAAUCCCAUAAUAUAUGAGGGCUCUCGCACACGCAUAAAGGACAUUAUUAAAGAUAUUCCAACUUAUACAUUAAGAGAAUAUCCCCUAUAUAGCCGAUCAUCAAUACCAACAAAGGCUAUGAAAUAUGCUAUAAAUUUAUUGAAUCAAAAUAUAGCUCAAUUAAGUUAUGAAAUAACUGGCAAACGCUGUGACAUACGCUGUACCAUUGGCAAUAUUUUACAUAUUUUCGAAAUGUUUGUUGAGAUCGAACAGAACAAACGAGAAAUACAUUCAAAUAUACGAACAUUGCCGCGUAAACGAUUGAUCAUAAACGAUAAUACAAACGAAUUAUAUUGUCUAACAAAUGAAAAUCAUCAUCACCAUAAUGAAGAUCCUUACAUAAACACCUCCAUUAAUAAUGGCAAAGACUAUUCAUUGUCGAAAUCACAUUCAUCUGUAGAUAUGAAUCAUAUGCAACCCCCAACUAUAACCAUGCAUCGUCAUAAUUUAACAAAUUUCCCACUAACAGCAGAAAAUUUGCGCUUAUCUAGCCAUUUGAAUUCCAAGCCGAUCGAUAUACAAAAGGAACACAAUAUAAUGCUGCAAAAUAAUCAACAAAGAAUUUGCCGUUCUGCUGGCUCGUACACGGACAGUGAAGAUGAAAGAGAAUGCCAUUCGUCAAUGGCUAAAGGUUUUUCUAAUUCAGACUCCAACUUAACACUGCAAAGUCAAAGUGGUCAUAUUUAAAGUUAAUCUUUAUGUGAUAUUAUAUUCUUUAUAACUAUUAUUUGUUUAUUUUUCUUGGACUCCUGCGACCCCCUCUUUCUUCCCAUAUAUAUAUUCUGUAAUGCAUUAUACAUUAUGCUUCAUUUUUUAAAAGCUUACUUAGCUUUUUAUGUUCUUAACAUGCAAACAAAGUAAAGUAAAAUAUAACAAACAAGAAAAACAA